UCGUGAGGAGUUGCGUCACCCUCACGAGUGUUUUCAAGGAGAGCGUGAGUAUUCGGCCAGUAUUUUUACCGAUGAUGAAGUUUACGGUUUCAACCGGGACAAACGCCACGCCUGUUCCAUCGUUCGUGUGCGGUGCGACAGGCAAAGUAGUUGGGCCCAUCUUGCACCUCAGUCAACGGGCAAAGAUGAGUGCCGUAACGCUCUCAGGAGCCACUGCGUUGCUCAUGUUGGCGCCUGUUGUGGGCCCCGGUAUUGCCACGGCAGCCGCAAUUGCCUCCGCGGUGGUAUCCGUGUACGUGCGACGCUACCUGCUCACACUACGUUUUCUGAGAGAUCAGGCGAGGCAAAUGACUGAACUCAAGACAACCGGCAUGUUAUAUUUUUCUUCCGAUCAGAACGGCUAUCGCUGGACGCCCGAGGACGAGGAGCGUGCGGAGUACGAGUACCGCGAGGAGUUGCGGCAGCGAGCACGGAGAAAGGAGGCAUUUGAGCAGCGGGUGAAGGAAGAGGCUGCGCGUGAUGAGGCCCGAGGCAAGAGGCAAGUUGACCCGAAGAACAGACGACGGACAGACCUGGAGAACGUCGACCCGCUUGGAUACUACCAGCUGCUGGGUCUCAGUGGAAGAGAGCUGAGCGCAACGGCAAAAGAAAUUGCGAAGGCGUUCCGUGAGGCCGCGCGGCACCACCACCCCGAUGUCGCUCAUCGCAACGACGACGAUGUCAAGAACAAAAUGCAAAGAAUCAUUAAUGCCUACAAAAUCCUCCGUGACCCCAAAACAAAGAAGGCGUAUGAUUCUGGUCAACUGAAAGCUGAAUAG